AAGGCUGCAUACCCUGUACUGACACACUCAUCAUCUAGCAUCUUGAUUUAAACUCAGUUAAGAAUCUUGAAUCAAAUUCUCACCACUGUAUAAGUAACACAGAAGACAAUGUCGAUAUCCUUGAGAGACAAGCAGAUCUCCACUUUGGAGAAGAUGCUCAAUUUAAACAAGUCUGAUGAAGGGCAUACCGGGGGCUUGAAGAAUGAAGAGAUCAUCUGGAAAGUGUUGAUCUUAGAUCAAAAAUCCCGUUUGAUCUUGUCAUCUGUUUUGAGAGUGAACGAUUUGUUGAAGAACGGUAUCACGAUUCAUUCUCUCAUUGAUUCCAAAAGAUCACCAUUACCUGACGUUCCUGUGGUGUAUUUCAUUGAACCAACAAUCAAUAACAUUCUCCACAUUAUCGAAGAUUUAAAGAAUGAUUUAUACGAAAACUUUUACAUAAAUUUCACCUCUUCCAUCAACCGUGAGUUAUUAGAGGAAUUUGCUAAGAAAGUGUCAAUCUUAGGGAAGUCUUCAAAAAUCAAACAAGUUUACGAUCAAUACUUGAACUUCAUAGUCACAGAACCAAACUUAUUUUCUUUAAAUCAACCACAAAUCUUUACCAAAUUCAACAAACCAAAUACCAACGAAGAUAUAAUCAAUCAGCUAGUUGAUGACAUCUCCAACGGGUUGUUAUCUUCUAUCAUCACCUUGGAUCAAAUUCCAAUUAUCAGAUCCUCUAGAGGUGGUCCCGCCGAGUUUGUGUCAAUUCAGUUGGAUUUGAAGUUGAGAGAUUACUUGAACAACUCAAGAUCUUCUGCAUCAUUAUCUCUGGGCAUUUCUAACCAACAGAGACCAGUUUUGGUGUUAUUAGACAGAAAUAUUGAUCUUGCUUCUAUGUUUUCUCAUUCUUGGAUUUAUCAAUGUAUGAUUAGUGAUGUGUUCAAGCUCGAAAGAAAUACAAUCAAGUUAACCAAGAUUCCCAAAGAUGCUGGUCCAAAUGCUCAACCCACAGUAAAGAAUUAUGACAUCGAUCCGAAGGAUUUCUUCUGGAACAAGUACUCUCAAUUGCCUUUCCCAGAUGUGGUAGAAAAUGCCGACAUUGAAUUAAAUCAGUACAAAAAGGAUACCAUGAAUUUAACCAACCAAACUGGCAUUACCUCCUUGAAUGAUAUUAAUUUCAAUGAUACGGAUUCUGAUACCGCUAACAUCCAAAAAGCAGUAGAUGCAUUGCCUGAGUUAACUUUGAGAAAGUCAACGUUGGAUAUGCACAUGGAUAUUUUGGCAUCUUUAAUCAAUGAAUUGCAAUCGAAGAACUUGGAUAAGUUCUUUGAGAUCGAACAAAACUUGAAUGACCAAAAGAUUUUACAGCAAUUUUUGAACUUAUUGAAUGAAACAGAAGCAAUCGAUACCUCUUCGGAUAAAUUGAGAACAUUUUUGAUGUUGAUUUUAUUGGUUAAUAACUUGCCUAGUGAUUAUGUGAGCAAAGUCAGAGCAAUUUUCAAAGAGAAAUACACUACUGUUGAUCUUCGUGCAUUGGACUAUGUUUUGAAGUAUAAGGAGCUUACCAAACUUACCAACAUUUCCAACUUAGGUGCUACAUCGAAUUCACAAAACUAUGAUUUUGCUGGAGAAUCUGAUGCUGCAGCAAGCAGCAACUCAUCUGCAUUGUUGAGUGGUUUAUCUUCCAAACUUUAUGGAUUAACAGAGGGCAAAAUCUCUGAAGGAUUAAGUUCUAUCGCUUCCAAGGUUAAAAACUUCAUCCCAGAGAAAAAGCAAUUGCCUAUCACCAAUGUAAUUGAAGCUAUCAUGGACCCAACUAAUGUUUCAAACGAAUCCAUUCAAUUGACUGAUGAUUACUUGUACUUCGAUCCAAAAUCCAGAGGUGGUCAUUCCAAGCCCCCAAGAAGACAAACUUACCAAGAAGCACAAGUAUUUGUUAUUGGGGGAGGAAAUUAUGUGGAGUACCAAGAUUUGCAAGAGUGGUCAAACGCGAGCAACUCAGGUAGAAAAGUCAUUUACGGAAGUACUGAUAUCUUGUCUCCUCAAGAUUUCUUACAGGAGUGUAACGAGUUAGGACAAUAACUCCAUUAAUAUAC